GGUGCGCUGGUGAGUGGGAGCCCAGGUGAGUUCCUCCGCCCGUACUUCGCACAUGUCGCUAUUACGCACGCGCGGUCUGAGGGCAUUCCUUUCCUUCCGACUGCACUCUAUCCGCCUGCCUCGCCAAGUAAGGCAAACUGGCUUCAAUACGCUGUUUUUGCAUGUUCCGCAAUGGAUGUACUCAAAGCGAGGACGCCUCGUUGGGCAUCCGUGCGUUAUGCACACCGAAAUGCACAUGCGCCCUGGGUGCCAUGAAGGCAUGGCAGCGGGCCCAGCAGGGAGGAGGUCACUGCUUUUCUUGCGCAAGGACUGUGGAGUGUCUCUACUCUGCAGCCUGUUGACUAAUUCCGAGAAUCGUUUUAGUCGCCCUGUCGCUGUCGCACUCACUGGGCGUCACGUGUAGGUGCGAGAGUGGCGGAGCGACGAAAACGACUCUCGGAAUCAGUCAGCGGGUUCGAAUACCGUUCAAAGAGAAGAGGGUUAGCUCUUCCUCCAUUGCUGUUUUGCACUUGUGUGUUUGCCCCCCACUGCUUGGUCCCGCCCGUCACGUUUCCGCGAUGCUUUUAAAACUUUCUACUGUUUCAGGGAAAUGCUGGUCACUCCCUGGUCUGGUCAACUUUGGCUCUGCAGUGAGGAGAUUGGCGGCGACGCGGCUGGGGAAGACGAGAGGUGCCUCGGUUCACAUUCAGAUGCAGCUCUCCCCAGACCACCCUCUGCUGGGACGCGCUAUCUCGAGACGAGAAGAGUACCAACAAUUCACAGAUUCAGAUGUGGUUUUGUGGAACGGUGCCGGGAAUCUUCCUCCGACACAUCUUGCCUCGCUGGUGUACUCUAGGCAAUAGCCAUUCUAGCAGCAGCUUCUGUUGUUAGGUUAGUGGGACUGUAAAUAGAGUGCUGUGUAGAUCCACACUGCCUUCCUUCUCUCUUCACAGUUGGAUCAUUUUCAGAUCAGCAUCUUCAACGCACUUUCUCCUUCAGCGUUUCCUAGUUUUGCAUUGAAACGCUUAAACUAUGAACAUCUACUAUGAAAGAGGAAGGCAAGAAGGCAGUCACUUCUAUCAUGUUGGAGACGGAUUUUACUACAAUGUAAAUCACAUUUCUAAUAAUUCAAUUAGUUUUCGAUGCAACCGAUCAUCGUGCCCAGGGAGAGCUAAAUGUGUAGGUGGAAGAUUCCUUCACACAAUUGCGCAUGUUCAUGGCCCAGACCCCUUUCUGAGAGAAGUCUUAGCAGCUCGAAGAGCCAUCAUUGAUCAAGCUAGAUCUCCUACAUAUGUGACAUUUGGGGAAAUAAUUGCCACAGAAAGAGCUAGAUUGGAAAAUAGGUAUGUAAGAUCCCAACUAACCAUGAGGAGGCUGCGUCCUGCCAUGCAGAGGGCUCGUUCAGGCACUUUCCCAAACCUUCCUCAGAACUUAGCAGAACUUAGCGCUAUCCUGCAAAAUCCUGAUUGGGAGGCGCUUACCAUGACUCUAGAUGAAGAAGAUUCAAUGUAUCUUGGUUCCACCUGGAGUGAGGAUGGUUCCCAUAAUAUUAUAUUUGCUAGUAAGAGAUGUCUCCAGUUAAUGAGAAUGGCCUCUGUGAUAUUUGCAGAUGGCACAUUUUUCAUUAAACCGUCUGUUGAUGGGUGCUAUCAGGUGUUUACUAUUGUAACCAUUUAUGGAAAUACUGUUGUUCCGUUGUGCUGGUGUUUGAUGGAGAGUAAGACGGAAUCUGCCUAUAUCGCUGUUUUGCUGCUUCUGCGGACUCAUCUCAUAUGGUGGAGUUUCGAAAGAGUCAUUUGUGACUUUGAGGAUGCAAUGAUUGCAGCAUUUUCAAUGGUUUUUCAAGUCCCUGUUCAAGGAUGCCUCUUUCAUGCUGUUUCUGCUAUGUCCAAGCAUGCAAGAACCAAUAUAGGAGUCCCAUUUAUCCAAGCUCUUGAGGUCCAAAUGGUUGUAAGGCUCUGCUGCAGUUUACCUCUCUUGCCCAGUGAUUUCCUUCAUAGGGGAUUGAACAUAAUUGGCCAGUUAGCUUUAGAAACAUUUCAUCCACUUCUGUACGCUGUUGUUCGGCCUUUUCUUGCCUAUAUUCUGCACGAAUGGCUUGGUCACAUAAAUAGAGGAGCUACCCUCAGUGUCUCUGGAAGUGUUCAUCGGACAAACAAUGCAAGCGAAUCUAACAAUGGCAUGAUGAAACGGCGAUUUGGUGUGCACCAUCCUAACAUCUAUCAUUUCCUUGGAAAAUUGAAAAAUUUUGAAGAUUCUAUGAUUGAUGAUAUUUACAGUCUGUCAUUGGGACUCAUCCCCAGUCGCCAUAGAACUGUGGCAGCUGUUUCAAAUGAUCUUUACAUUCAGCAACUCACCACCCAGCUACUUCAAGAUCCCUCAGAUUUUCAGAUUUUGAAUUUUUUGUUUGCUGCAUGUUACUCUGUUGAAAAUGUAGUUAAUGAUAAUCUGCAGCUGUGAGGUGAUACUUGUUUUGUAUGAUGUUAUAUAGCAUAUGUUUUCCUACUUAGAUAGAACCCACCUGUGUCAUUCCUGUGAAUUCUCAUUUAAAUAACAUCAUGUUUCUGAUCCCUGCUUUAGCAUUUUACAACACUUCCUUUGAGUUGACAACUAAAUUGAAUUUUUUUCUUGUGUCACCAAAACUUGGAUAUACGUGUAUUUUAUUGCACGCAGGAUUCCAUCAAAUUUUUUUCUGGUCAAAAUUGUUAUGCGCAUGUUGUAAGUCUCAUCUCAUACGUUUUUAUUUUUGGACUGCGCCUUGGUGUCCGACAGUCUCUCAUGUUAUUUUUUCAUCUGCCUCUCCCUGAUACACCCUUUCCUUGUCUUUAUUAUUUGACUAGCUUUGAAUUAUUUUUGUUAUUGGAGCUUGAUGUAAUCUAAGUAGGUUAGGCAUACCGCAAGUUAAGUCAUCUUUGUGGUGAUCAUUCCAACCUGUUUCCAGCGGUAUCUUUUAGAAAAUUUUACUGAUGUGAUUUCUAUGUGACCAUACGAUUUAGAGCUUGAGUAGCUUUUCAUGUCAUUGUAAAAUUAUGGCCCGUUCUAAGAAAAAGCUUAGCACUUUGCUGAGAUUUUUUUUAUUUUUCAGACUACAUAAUGGUAUGCUCCCUGUCUUAAUUCCCUUAAAUUCAUCAAAGCAUAAUGUUGUCAUCAUUGUAGCUUGUGUCUUGCAUUAUCAUCAAGCAUAAAAGUGCAGUUUCUCUACAAUACUGUUAGUGAUAUUCUGUAGCUUAUUUUAUUCGGUGAGGCUUGGUGUGAAGUAUAUGAUUGCAUUUCCAAGUUGUCAUGUUAUUUCAGAAGCAUAGUUUAUUAUCCAAAGUUGUGUACUCAAGAAAAUUUUGAUGUUACCUUUUACUUAGUAGAUGGUGAGGUGCAAUAAAUCUUACUUCUUUAGCGUAUGCUGCUAGAGAAUCUUAAGUUGUUUUGUUCUGUUUGGCCUGAGAGUUUUCUUCUUUUCAAUUCAAAUUUGUUAAUAUAUAAUGGUUUAAUUGAAUUUGACCCGUAAAGUUAGACUGAAAAGUUUGCUGAGUGAUCUUGUAAGCAAGAUGAAAACAAAUAUCUUUUUCUGCCUCUUUAAAAGAAAAAGAAAUGAGCUCUCCAUAAAUUUAGAAAAGUCACUGUCAUAAAUCAAAACCUUGUUUCAUUCUUCCAAAAAUUUCUCGAGGAGGCCACCACUAAUUGUGACGGGGCUGUUUUGAGGAAUUGAAAUUUACCUGAAGAAAUAACGUUCGGAGACAAAUUACCCUGCCAUACAUAGGUUGAGGAAAAAUUACGGAACUCAAAUGGAAACUAACGGGUUACAAAAAGUUGAGAAAAAACAUCUUCACUGUCAACAAGUCUGUUUUCUCAGCAAUCUGUACGCAACUGUACUGUCUUGCUGAUUCAGUUUACCUCUAAGGAAAUCAAUAGAAAAUCAUGUAGUUCUUGCAUUGCUUAGAAGACCAAGUUCCUGGGAGAGAAAGAGGCCAAGGUCCGAUGCACGAUGGCAAUGAGUCUCAUCAAUUAAGGCUGUCUGUAUUCGCAGACUUAAACAAAUUAUUAACUCUUCAUGAAUUAUUGAAUGAAUGAUCUUGUUAAAGAAAAUAAAUGAAGUGUUGAGUUCAGGUCUAUCACAAGAUUAGCAGCUCUUUUCCAAACCCAUGAUCUGCUCAAAAUGAAUGGUAAAAUCAAAAUUGACCAAAAAUCGCUGAGUAGAAGAUCGUUUUAACGUCAUUUGUUCUCACUGGGAAGUCUUUGGAGAGACACAAUGAUUGCUUUCAUAACAAAACAAGGCAGCGGAGGGCUUAUUAUUAACAGACUGAGCUCAGCAAAUGUUCCAAGCCAGGACAAGGGCUAA